UGUACCGUUCUCAUAUACAUAGCACAUAACUCAAUAAACUCGAACACACAGAUCAGUGGAACCCCGUGUCGUUAACAGUUCGUAGACGUGAAACUUGUGAUUUUUCAGGCAUUUCACGUUUGUGUAUUUCACUGUGGUUGUGUCUACUGACGGUCCGCCACGACAACUACAUUUGCGACCCUCAAGAUUCACCGAUUUUCAAAAUAAAAAAUUUGAUAGCAAAUUUAAAAUGUCCAAAACGUUUACGUGUAAGUAUUCUCGAAUGGCCGUGUGGGCUCUCAGGCGGCUCACUACCCGUUUGUUAUUCUCUUCUUCAUCCUGUCCAAAAGGAUUCGCAUGUAAGAUUACAUCCACUGUUAAUGAAACAAAUAUUGUAAAAUAUCGUGAAGCCUUUUAUAAUGAUUCCAAAAACAUAUUAGCUCAAAAUGCUUGUUCUCGAGUUAGUCCAACAGAAGUAAUUACAUCAAGGGAUAGAGUACAAGAAUGCCACCAUUUUUAUUCCCAUAAGAUUGAGUCUGAAGGAAAACCUGUGACAAAUCAAAGAAGUUCUGGUCGCUGUUGGAUAUUUGCUUGCUUAAAUGUGAUAAGAGUUCCAUUUAUCAAGCAUUUUAAUCUGGAAGAAUUUGAAUUCAGUCAAGCUUUUGUAUUUUUUUGGGAUAAGAUUGAAAGAAGUAAUUAUUUCUUGAAUGCUAUUGUUCAAACUGCAAAACGUGGAGAAUCAGUUGAUGAUAGAACUACAGCAACCCUACUCUCUAAACCAAUUGAGGAUGGAGGUCAAUGGGACAUGUUAGUCAAUAUUAUAACCAAGUAUGGACUAAUGCCAAAGAAAAACUUCCCAGAGUCUUUCAGCUGUGAAACUAGUUCCACUGUUAAUAUUAUAUUAAAUAGCAAACUUAGAGAAUUUGCAAUUGUAUUACAUAAACUUGUAAGUGACCAUGCCACAGAUAAUGAGAUUAAGAAUAAAAUUGAAGAACAAAUGGAAAUCGUCUACCGAAUUGUUGGAAUUUGUUUUGGAAUUCCUCCUAAUACAUUUGAGUGGAACUACUAUGACAAAUCCAAGCAGUAUCAAUCUAUAGGACCAAUAACACCAUUAGAUUUUUAUGAACAACAUGUAAAGCCAAUAUUUGAUGUAACUAACAAAGUCUGUUUAGUUUCUGAUCCUAGACCAAAUAAUUGUUACGGACAACUAUAUACUUUAGAUAUGUUAAACAACAUGGUUGGUGGGAGAAAAGUUUUGUACAACAAUCAGCCUGUUGAAAUUCUUAUUAAAGCUGCUCAAGAUUCAAUUGUUAAACGAGGAGAACCUGUUUGGUAUGGCUGCCAAGUAAGCAAAAGAUUCUCUGACAAACUUGGUUUAGAAGAUCUUAAAAUUCACAAUUAUCAACUAGUAUUUGGUACUGAUGUGUCUGUUCCAAUGUCCAAAGCUGAAAGAAUGUUAUAUGGAGAAUCAGCUAUGACACAUGCAAUGGUGUUAACAGGAGUUAAUUUAAAUAAUGGUGGUGAACCAAACAAAUGGAGAGUAGAAAAUUCCUGGGGUGAAGAUCGUGGUGACAAAGGAUACUUAAUGAUGACGACUGAAUGGUUCAAAGAAUAUGUAUUUGAAGUUGUAGUAGACAAAAGUUUAGUGCCUGACGAAGUUUUGGUUGUUUUCCAACAAGAACCUCAAGUAUUACCAAUUUGGGAUCCUAUGGGAACAUUAGCUUAAGAAAAAAUUAAUCAUCUGAAUAAAUGUAUAAAUACAUUAUAUAACAGAAUUUGUAUACAAUAUAUAAUAUAAUAUUUUAUUUUA